AUGAACGGAUCUCGAAGCCAUACACCGGAUGUACUCUCGCCCGAAGCGACUGGGUCACCUGCGACGGGUUCUCAGCGGGGUCAGGGUCAAGGAGGAGCUAGUCCGACGAUGCAGCAACGUAUUAAAGCAAUUGGAGUUCCCACUCCACUUGCUAUUUCCAGUCCCAUACGCAGGGUCAAGCCCGGACAUCGGCCUAUCUGGAAUUCCGCUUUCUUUAAGGGCGCUAUGUGCGCGAAGGCGCACCACCGAAUCCCGUUGCUCGGAUGUCUAAGCAUCUCGUCCCGACCCAGACGACAGGCUCUUCUUGCGGCCCUUUACGGCAUGAUAGAGUUGAUGGGUUCGGCAGCGCAACACGAUACAGAUGAGGAGAAGUCGACUCCGGAGUCCACGGGACAGGAAAAUAGACUAAACAAAUUGUAA